GAUAAUCAAUACAAAUGGGAAACGUUUCACAAGUUUAUGCCCUCAAAGCUCAAUGAAUACCAACUGUUUGUGGCCACAGAUUAUCAUAUAUUCAUCAAUGACUGUAGAUUUGCCAAACAUAAUCUGAUGCAAUUGAAUCAUAUGAUACCCACGAAUGUGGUCCGAAAUCUUAAGAGUUUAGUUGUCGAGUGCGAUGAAGAGAAACGUGAAAUUGUGGUCACUUCUGACUUGAAACACAAUUGUUUGAUGUCUUUUAAACGACUGACUGAUGUGACGGCCCUCUCAUCCCUUCACUUGCCAUUACAUGCGAGCACUCCAAUCGAUGUCAACAUUCAGUUUGAAGAGUAUAUCUACCGCGGAGUACAACUCAUAGACAGCGGCGACAAAUCUGGCUUUUCAUUAGCAGUUGUCACACAAUUCGGUGAUAUUUUUAUGCAAGACUUCUAUUGGAACAGUUCGGACCCAAUGAAUGGACAGUUAAGUGUCGGUCACUUUAGGGACAGGACGUGUGCGUCAGGAUUGGGUUCUAAAGACUUUACGCUAAGCACUGAAGUGAAAGAAUACUUGAAAGUUGUGAAU